AUGUUUGAAUACUCGUGGCACGUGCAUCGUAUCAAAGCUCUAGUGGUUGUGGCUCCGCGACCUUCCUUGUUCGACCAACCAACAACUAUCAUACCCGAGUCAUCGUACCCGCUCCUCAUGGAACAACCGUCACAACAUGCAUAUGUCCUUGCGCAACUGACUGCGCGAUGGAAGAUAUCGUCCGGUGUCCUGGACGUCACUGUCGUGUCCGUCGUCACAGCCACCGCUACCUUCGCGUCCCUCUUUCAUGUCGGUGCCAUCAAAGUCUCACCUACCGUCUUCUACAAGACAUUUCUCCCAUACGUGGCAGUUUUCUGCGACCACCACGUCCGCCUACGCGAUUUUUUCCCCGCCUCCUUCUGCAUCAUCGUCGGUCAAAUCCCAGCCUCCUCCUCGUCCCAGGCCUCACUGAACGAUGUGUACAUGUCCAUGCUGCUCGAUCAGCUCGGCAUUGUGUACCUCUUGGGGCUG